UGCAACUUCCAGGGUAGACUUUGCCACAACCUUACCAUUACUGUGUUAGCCAGCGGGAAAGCCAGUGAUUUCUACCUUUAAACGGUAGUUUCUGGGGGUGUAGCGCCAUGGCUGUCUGUGCCUUGGUUUCCAAGAUUUCACAGGUGAGCGGUAGGCUUUGCAGUAAAGCUCUUUGUCCCGCAAACACAGCUGUCCGUGCGUUGUCGUGCACAGGAAGUCGUUCCCAGUUACACAGAGUGAAGGGGGCCGGUGUUUUGACAGGACAGGUGGACCGAUUCGGUGGCGUGACCGUGAACCUGGCUGACGCUGGUUUACCUGCGGACAUCAGCGAAGGCGCAUUCAGCAGAUUACUGCAAGAUUCACUGGUCCAGUGGAAAUCAGAGGGGAAGGCAGCAGUGUGGCUGCGAAUACCCAUCUCAUUGAGUCGAUGUGCUGCUGCCUCCUCGACUCAUGGCUUCACGUUCCACCACGCCAAGCACGACCACUCUGUGUUGGCCCUCUGGCUGGGAGAAGGAAAAAGCCGACUGCCUGGGUUUGCAACUCACCAAGUCGGAGUGGCAGGUGCGGUUGUUGAUGAGUCCACUGGAAAGGUUCUAGUUGUCCAAGACAGAAACAAGACAAAGAAUGCUUGGAAGUUUCCCGGUGGUUUGUCUGAGCCCGGAGAAAAUAUUGGUGCCACUGCCAUUCGUGAAGUCUUUGAGGAAACUGGAGUUCGCUCUGAGUUCAGAUCUUUGCUCAGUGUUCGGCAGCAGCACAACCACCCCGGUGCCUUUGGUAUGUCGGACAUGUAUGUCAUCUGCCGACUUGGCCCACUUACCUACGAUAUCAACUUCUGCACUCAGGAGUGUCUGAGCUGCAAGUGGCUGGAUCUCGCUGACCUGGCCACGACCGGCGACACCACACCCAUCACUGCUCGCAUAGCCAGGCUGCUGCUGUACGGUCUGGAGCAGGGCUUCGACAAGAUCGACCUCACCAUGGAGGAGCUUCCUGCCGUCUAUUCUGGGAUGUAUUACCAGCUGUACCACCGACAGCUCCCUCCAACACUAAAACCCUAGCAAGCCCUCAUCAA